UCCCGUCCCCGCGCAGCCAUGGCGCGGCCCGGGCCCGGCCGCCCGUCGCUGGGGCUGGGGCUGGCGCUGGGCGCCGCGGGGCUGGGGCUGGGGCUGGGCCUCGGCCUCGGCCUGCUCCGGCGGCGCCGCACAGGAGACGGCCGGGAUCCGGAGCGGGAUCGGGAUCGGGAUCGGGAUCGGGAUCGGGAUCACGAUCGGGAUCAAGACCGGGAUCGGGCUCGGCCCGGCGGGCUCAGCCCGGGCUGCGCGGAGGCCGUGGGGCGGCGGAGCCUGGCCCUGCACAAAACGCCAGUUCCUGCAGAGGCAGGAGAUGGUGCUGUGUACACACCUCUGCUGACACAGGACGAACAGGUGGAUGUUCUGGACCGCCUGGACUUCAUGUUGAGAAACAUUGCAGAGCUAAGGAAAGAAGUGGAGGAGCUACGAAACAGCCUACAGCACUUAGCUGGAGAAAUCAUUGGUGAAGUCAGGUGCCAUCUGGAAGAAACGCAGAGAGUGACACGCCGAAGGCGUUUCCCGUUCCAUAGGGAAAGAAGUGAUUCCACGGGGUCCAGUUCAAUUUAUUUCACAGCCAACUCGGGAACAGCUACCACAGAUGAUGGAGAAAGUGAAGGCGGGUACACCACAGCCAAUGCGGAGUCUGACUAUGACCGGGAGUCUGAGAGAGAGAGUGAAGAAGGGGAGGACGAAGUGAGCUGUGAAACAGUGAGAACAGUGCGCCGGGAUUCCCUGGAUCUUGUCAACGAGGAUGAAACACCUUUAAUCUUAGAUUCCUUGCUGGAAGAAGGACUGGGUCAGCUACUGCAGCAAGCUGACCGCUUGCAUAAUGGGCAUGAGCAAGAGAAGAGAGAGGGAUUCCAGCUGCUUCUGAAUAAUAAACUGGCGUAUGCAGAUCAGAGAGACUUUCUUUGGCGCCUAGCCCGAGCACAUAGCGAUAUGUACGAAAUCACAGAAGACACAGAUGAGAAGAAAACAUAUGCAUCUGAUGGGAAAGAAGAGCUGGAGAUUGCCUUUCAGAAAUGGGAUGAAAGUGCUGAGUGUCAUCAGUGGUAUGCUAUUCUUUGCGGGCAGUUAGCGGAACACGAGAGCAUUCAGAAGCGCAUUCAAACUGGGUAUGUUUUUAAGGAACACAUCGAUAAAGCGAUUGCACUGAAACCAGAGGAUCCAAAGUCGUACUAUCUUUUGGGCAGGUGGUGUUACCAGGUUUCCCAUCUGGGAUGGCUUGAAAAAAAGACUGCUUCUGCUUUGUUUGAAACUCCUCCUACAGCCACCGUACAGGAUGCACUGCAAAACUUCUUAAGGGUUGAGGAGCUGAGCCCAGGAUUUUCCAAAGCAGUAAGAGUAUACAUUGCCAAGUGUUACAAGGACCUGGGGAACAAUUCUGCAGCUCUUCUCUGGACAAAUCUUGCUUCAGAACUGCCAGUUAAUACAAAAGAGGAUGCAGAAAGUGAGAGAGAACUUGAGGAGAUGCGGUCAAUCUGGGAAGAAUAAGAACAGAAGAGCUUGUUCCACUUGAUACUGCACAGACAAUAAAUUUCAAGUUAAAGGGAUUUCAUGAUCCUGACAAGUUUGAUUGCACUUCAUGGAUAAGCCGCAGGAGUUUACAGGAAUAAACACUCAACAGUC